AUGGCUGAAGUAUAUGUAAGUGGACAAAUCGAGUCCGCCGACAGCUUUGGCGAUAAUCGACUGUGUUGUCGAUGGAGACUACAAACAGGCGGCGGUUGGCGAGUGGUUGAGGGUGCGGUGGACGGACAAACCCAGACCGACUUGCCUUCGGUGUUCGAAGAAGCUUAUUUUGCUCAUCCUAUUGACCUUCAUUUGGUAACAAAAACUAUUCAAGGUUGGCCUCGAAUUGAGCUUCAAGUCUGGCAUCACGACACCUUUGGACGGCAAGAGCUUGUCGGCUACGGAUCGAUAUUUGUACCAAGCACUCCAGGAGAGCAUCAGUUAAUAUGCAAUAUUUGGCGACCAAAGGGAACGCCACGAGAGGAAUUAAUGCAGAAAUUCAUUGGAGGCGGAAUACAGGUACUUUUCGCAUCUGUAUUGUCUUUACUAUUAAUUGGACUCUUGGUAUGA